AUGGUGAACAAUCAAUCAAAUUCUCAUGAAUGUAAACCAUAUACCACAGUGAAUUCCAUUACAAAGAAGGAAAUCCAAAAUGAAUGUAAUUUAGCUAUACCUCCGCCACCUCCUCCUCCACCACCACCACCUCCCCCACCUGCUGCAUCCUAUAUAGGUCGAAGCUCCACUCUGCGUGUUAAUGUUUCGGAUCCAUCACUUAAGGAUUCAGGUAAGUCUGAUUGGUGGUUUGUUGAAAUUCAUGAUUUAUGAAAUGAUAAGCUAAUCUUUGUUUCGCUGUUAUUUAUUCCAAAAUUAAUUUUUCCCUUUCUAGGAAGUUAAUUUUAUCAAUGGAUUUUCCACAAUACUGGCUUAAUGAUGUUAUUAUUACUUUUAUU